UAUCUUUUGUAACUGUGUUAAGUAAAUGACGUAAUAAAACUUGGUCUGUGCUUUAUAUUGCGGUUGUGUUAAGUAAAUAAUGUAACCAAACUUUGUCUGUGCAUUAGGAGAGCCUACAGUGCGGCUGUGUUACGUAGGUAAAUGACGUGACACACGUAAAACUUUUUUCUGUGUUUUAUAUUGCUCUUUCGUUUGGUCAGUCACGAUGUAACGAAACUGUUGUUUUUUCUGUGCGCUAGGUUUCGACUGUGAUAGGUAAAGGACAUAACACGACAUAACAAGACUCGGUCUGCACCAUCAGCUAUUAUUGAGAUUGUGAUCAGUUUAUAUAGGACCCUUUGUGCCAGUUUCUCACGGUGUGGGAUCGCUCGCGACUUAGUUAACGGCCUGUGUGUCAAAACGUGAGAGUAGAGGAAUUCUCUGUAGAGCUGGACUGUUUGUUUGUGGCCGUGAAUUAUCUGCAGUCUACACGGACUUGUAACAGCUUCGAUUUGUCCUGAGAUUUCGUGUUGUGGAAACCAAGUGAUCACUUUCCCACACCAGCACAAACAGACUGUGAUAACCUUGACGUGAUAAAACAUCAGAUUUCACAUGGGCACAUCGUGAGGUAGGCAGCCAUGUCGCGCAGGGAGCGGCGCAGCGUCAGUCUCGGUCGCCAUAGAGACAGGACGGCACGUGACCCCCACAAGCCAAUAGAAGAAGACCUUUCCACGCGCCAUAAUAUUUCAAACUUCUUAUUGACGCUGCAACGAGUUCAGGCAGCCGAAGAAGAAAACCGACAACUCCGUAAGGAGAACCAGCUUCUCCGCCAGAGGGCGCGAUCCUCCCGCUUGUCGUCUGCCAGCUUCAGGGACAGCACCUACCAGCACAACACGAGCAGCUCUGAUGACGCAGUCAGCAUUCAGCCCGGGGCAGAAGACGAGAUGAUAGCCGCGGAGACCAAGAGGAACUCACUCAUCUUUGUGGGAGACGCCGUGCCUUCCUCCCCAGAGCACGCCGCUCUCGAGGCUCAGUACAAACGCUUACAGGAGGACUUUGACACAGUGAAGGAGUUCCUCAAGCACUUGUUCCAGCACGCCCUCGCCAUCUCGUCCUCGGGCUCGGAGAGUCUGGCACUCAGCAAAGAUGGCGGGGAGAAGGAAGCGUACGACGUCAACACAUACAACCCCGCACAGUCCAAGCAGGUCCAUCAAGCUUUGGACAACGUCCUGUGUCAGUCGUCAGUCCGCAAUGACGUCACAAUGAGGAUUGUCAGGCAGCAGGACAAGAUGAGGGAGAUGACGCGUCACGUGACGUUCCUGGAAUCUCAUCUCAUGACGGCCAUGAAAUCUCUCCGACAGGCCGAGGAGAGACUGCGUCAGUCCAGCGACAUCAGCCAUAACUUGUCUCAUUUCGUGGCCAUAAACAGCAAACACUUGAAGGGGAACACAAAGGAUGAUCUCAGUAAAUUAGCAGACCAACUGUCGGGCCUGAGCAAAAGGUCAGGGUCAUGCACGUGUAAGAUGUCAGCGGUGAGCAAACUGCUGAGCCAGGUCUCGGCGGCUGUCCAGCGCGGGGAGACACUCGGCGACAGCAAACCUCCCGCAGACAUCGUCGACUCCAUGAGCAAGCUCGAGAGACUUGUCGGAUCUGACUGGCACAGGUUAGGCAGGAUGCUAGGUCUAUCAUCUGACAGCCUUGAGGACAUCGGCAAGUUCACGAACUUUGACCUUACGAGCAGGGUGGAGAAAGUCCUCAUCUCUUGGGUGAAGCAAACACGAGGGGCGGGGGCCGAGAGUCUCAGGCAGGCUCUGGACAAGAUGGACAGGGACAUUUUGUUACUGGCAGGGGGGGGAGGAGGGGGCACGAAUAUAUUUAUGUGUCUUGAAAUACUCUCAUUUCUUGUGUACUGAUGAACGAGUAGCCUCUCUGUGUGGCAAACAUCACGCAGAAGUAUGGUGCAGCAUAAGUGGCUGAGAAAGUAUGAUGAUAUGGAAGUUUGAGUGUACAUGAAAACAACAUGAGGAAAAAA